AUGUCUCCUGCAGCGCAAGAAGAGGGAUCGGAAAGGUCAGAAGAGGAGCUGCAAGGCGGAGAUGGUGCAUCUGGAAGCGCAGCAACCCAGAGCAUCAAAAGAACUUCACGAGAGUGCACGUUCUCAGGUCCAAUUUUCAGGCGCGGGCCGCCGAAGGGGUACAUCCAGGCAUUAGAACGCCGGCUUCACCAAAUGGAGAGCGUGCUGGCAGCGAUCAUGAGCUCCAAAGAUCCUCGUACGAAGGGGAUCGUCGCUGAUCUCAAAAGAGAUUCUCUCGCGCGGAGUAUCCUGGACGGCGUUGACUCCGGGCCGUUCGGGCCCAGUGGAAGGUCACAGCGAUCGGUAGACCCUACGCAGGACAAUUUCUUCGCUUCAAUCGUCAGUGUGGCUCAGCAGAAACAAGUGAGCGACCGUUCACGGCGGCAGUCCCGCGUCACGCGCGAGAGUGUCACUCAGAAAGAUCCAACUGCUCUGGCUCGACCUACACUUGAAUGGCAGGAUCGCCUGUCACAGUCUCUUGCACACUGGUCCGGGCAGCAGCAAGAGGCAAACACGGCUAAUGCCUCCCGUUCACUGGAUACUGCACCACAAGCACACCCUCCUGACAAUGCGAGGCGCCCCACGAACGAUGGCAGGGAACGGGCUAAACGCAAGCGGCGUUUAGCACCGGCAUCGAAUGUACCUGAUCCAGAGUGGAACGACUUACAUCCUAUGGACGAUACUGACAAGGAUGAGUUGGAUGACUGUGCGGACGCAUUCGGCAACCUAUCAAUAGAUGAGAACAAGGAGGUCAGAUACCACGGAAACUCUUCUGGGCUCAUUUUUCUAGCUAGGGACAAACGAUGGGAUGCCCGCAACGUCGGUGGGAUCUGGAACUUCCCAAUGUCGAAGUUAUGGCCAGGUGGUCUCCCAACCGAGAGCACAAACGCUAAUGAUAGACGCGGCGAUGCCGACAUCCGACUGCCUUCUUACAGCGUCCAAGAUGAGCUGGUGGAAAUGUACUUCACAUAUAUCAAUUCGGCGUUCCCCGUGAUUGACAAGGAGGCAUUCGUGGAGCAGUAUGAAGCGAACAAGCGAGGAUAUCAACACGAGAGCAGCAACUCGAGGAUUGACGAAAGCUUGCUACCAUUAAAGCCCGAACGCAUGCAGAAGCUGUCAGAAUUGCUGCUGUUUGCUAUGUUUGCGUUUGCUCAACAGCCUGAGGACCCGAAGCUCGCCGCACAGUAUGCGAUAAGUGCACGCAAGGUACUUGACAAGAUGUACCAAGAGAGCCGGACGUCGACCGUACAGGCACUGAUCUUGCUUGGUGUGCGGGAGCUUGGUAUAGGAAGUCUUGAAGAAGGAUGGCUACACGUAGGGAUGGCUGUUAGGAUGGCCUAUGACCUAGGACUUAACCGUAAUUCCGAGAAGUGGCAAAACCACGGAGAAGAGCUAUUCACGGCCAAGGAGAACAGCAUCCGGAGACGCAUCUGGUGGGCAUGCUGUCUGGCUGAUAGGUAUUCAGCGCAGACUCUUGGGCGACCGAUGGCUAUCCAUGAAGGUGACUUCUCCACGCCUCUACCGGAGGUUAGUGAGCGUGACGCAGAAGAACAGUGGAUUGCUUUACAUACCAACAGCUCUGGUCACGCGAUCCCUCCCGCGCCUGCCAGGUCAUCUAGCUUUUUCCGUGAAACUGCAUCCCUGUCGGUCAUCCACGAACAAGUGAUAGAGAAGAUAUAUCCUGUCACGCGUGUCUCCACAUUGCCACGGCGUCAGAUUAUGGAAGAACUCCACACGCGCUUGAUGAACUGGUCUAUCAACCUACCGGAGCCGCUGAAAUUCUCAUCCACCAGUAAGAAGCCUUGUCCGGCACCGCACAUUCUGACGCUACAUUGUCAAUACUGGGCUGUCAUGCUUUAUCUCCACAGACCAUUCAUACCGAAGAAUUUCGAGCCGUCAUCAAAUCAUGCCGACGCUAUCCCUUGGAAAUCACUUGAUUAUUGUCAAAGUGCUGCUUCUCAUAUUGCCACUUUCGCCACGUUUUACCAUCAAAAUUAUGACUUGAAGUGGGGAUCGCCCUUCUUCACGACGUAUUUGCAAAGUGCAGGAACAUGGAUAAUUCCUGAGCGCAUCGCCUGUGGAUAUGCAGUGAAGCAUCGACAUUCAGAGCCUCGAGCCAUGCUGGGCCUACGAGAUUGCAUCGCUGCAUGUGACCAUAUGAGAGGUGUGUGGCCUAUGGCGGCUCGAGUGGGGGAUUUGCUCCGCGGUGCCAGCGUUCACUUUAAUUUGGAUUUGGGUACCUCUGUCGGCCCCUCUCGGAAGCGACCCGCUGAGAACAUGCCUGAUACGGAACGCAUGUCUCAAUCACAUCAACAAGACUAUCAAGCACUGGUCGUACCCACUGUGCCCCCAGCUACAUCCGACGUCCGUCACUCGUAUGCGACUCCGCAGACCAACAAUCAGUCUCGAGACAGCGUGCAAGAUCUCCACGCCAGCCUUCUCGCAGAUUUCUUUGAUCCGGGCAUUCCUUUUCCGACACCUGCGGCCCCCAUUAUGCCUAGCUACGAUUGGUGGCCUGCAGUAUCGGCCUCUGAGAACGUCCCUUGGACUCAAAACCAAGAGGAGUACAAUCCCUACCUGGCGAUUCCUUCCCAGUCUUUCACGUUCGGUCAACAGCAUCUGUCGCCGGACUUUCUGCACGGAAUUAGGGACCCUGUCCUGCAUUUCCCAUCUGCUUUCCUUCCUCGAUAG